AUUCGAUCGAUCCUAAUUUCAUUAGCAGUAACAGAUCCACAUUCAUUUGUCGGAGCCCUAAAUUGUUGAACCCUAGAGAUAAUCGCAGAUUAAUGGCGACGGAAGAACCAAUUGUGGUGGCGGAAGUUGCCGUACCGGCUGUCGACGCAGCUGUAACGGUUGCAGUAGAAGAACCUGCUGCCGGAGCAGCUGAAGGAAAACCGAAGAAAACGAGGAAAACAUCAGGGAAAAGCAAACCUAGAACUCCGUCGUUGCAUCCUCCUUACUUUGAGAUGAUCAAAGACGCCAUUGUUACGUUGAAGGAGAAGAGCGGUUCGAGUCAGUACGCGAUCGCGAAGUUCGUUGAAGAGAAACAAAAGAAUCUUCCGGCGAAUUUUAAGAAGGUUUUGUUGGUUCAAUUGAGGAGACUAGUCGCCGACGGGAAGCUUGUUAAGGUCAAGGCGUCUUAUAAGUUAUCGGCGAAGAAAGCUCCGGCAGCAGCUGCCCCGGCGAAGAAGAAACCUGCUGCAAAGCCUAAGGCUUCCGGUAAGCCAAAGGCUGCGGCCAAGCCGAAGACAGCAGCGAAGAAAGCGCCAGCUAAGAAGAAACCCGCCGCCAAGCCCAAGGCAGCACCGAAACCCAAAGCAGCGGCAAAGCCGAAGGCAGCUGCUAAGCCCAAGCCCGUCGCAAAACCUAAGUCGACGGCUCCCAAAGCUGCGGCAAAGCCAGCUGCGAAACCGAAAGCCAAGACUCCAACGAAGCCUGCUAAGGUAGCUAAAACAUCGGCGAAAUCAACCCCAGGAAAGAAAGCUCCUGCCGCUCCGGCAACAAAAGCAUCCACCAGAUCAACGCCGGCGAAGGCACCGGCGGCGGUGGCUCCCAAGCCGGCCCCAAAGAAGGCGUCAGCUAAGAGCGGAAAGCCUAAAGCAGCAACACCAAAGAAAGUUACAGCAGCCAGAAAGGCGAAGAAGUGA